GGAGGGGCGGAGAGGGUGGCCGAACCCGGAAGUAGGUAGAUGCUAGGAGGGAGCGCGCCUGUAGUGGAGCUCGGCGGCCGGGAGGCAGCGGAGGCGCUUUGAGGAGGCGACCAUGAAACCCUUCCUCACACCUCUCCCGAAGGUGUUACCCAAGAUUGAAGCUAAUUUUCCUUUUUAAGUCUCUUGAGACACUUAUGAAGCUUCUUGUUCUGAAAUUGCAUUAUUGCAAUGAAGAAAAGGAGAAAGGUUACUGCAAAUUUUGACGAGAAGAUCCAUCUAGGCCAUCAUAAAGAUUCUUCUGAUGGAAACAGUGCAGUGGAUAGCGACCAAGUGACCUUUAGUCAUUCUACGGAAGGAUCUACUGAAGAUCUUCAGUGUUAUCAGCAACUUCCUCCGUCACCAGAUCAGAGAAAGCUUCUGAGUUCUUUGCAGUAUAAUAAGAAUUUACUGAAAUAUUUAAAUGACGAUAGACAAAAGCAACCAUCUUUCUGUGACUUACUUAUAAUUGUAGAAGGAAAGGAAUUUAGUGCACACAAAGUUGUUGUUGCUGUUGGCAGUAGUUAUUUUCAUGCUUGUUUGAGCAAAAAUCCAAGUACAGAUGUUGUCACUCUGGAUCAUGUAACACAUUCUGUUUUUCAGCAUUUGCUUGAAUUUCUCUACACAUCAGAAUUUUUUGUCUAUAAGAAUGAGAUACCUCUAGUUUUAGAGGCUGCAAAAUUUCUGGAUAUUAUAGAUGCAGUUAAACUGCUAAAUAAUGAAAAUAUUUCUAAUUUUCCUUCUGAAAUAACAGAAAAGACAUCCCCUGCAGAAACUCUAAGUGAAUUGGCAGGCAGGUUGUCAAACAGUCACCAGUGCAAAUUCUGCAGUAGAAAUUUUUGUUAUAAGAAGUCUUUAGAGAAUCAUUUGACCAAAACUCACAGAUCCCUAUUAAUAGGGAAAAAACAUGGGUUAAAAAUGCUGGAAAGAGGUUUUUCAGCAAGAAGAUCAACGAGGAAUAGAAAGUGCCCUGUAAAGUUUGAUGAGGACAGUGAUAAUGAAAAUGAAAGUGGUGAAAUAUCAGACAAUUUUGAUAAAGACAAUUUGGAUAAGGUGGCUUUUGAUACGGAAAAGUCAGAUAAAAAUGACUCUGAGGAUGCUGGAAGUGAGUACAAUGCAGAUGGGGAAGCACAGGAGGAGGAAAUGUCAGAUGAAUACUCUGAAGGGGAAGAGCAAAGUGACAAAGAACAUAAUGAUGCAGAAGAGGAGCCUGAAACUGCUGAUUCAGUAGGAAAUAUCCAUGAAGGGUUAACUCCAGUGGUCAUUCAGAACAGUAACAAAAAAAUAUUGCAGUGUCCUAAAUGUGAUAAAACAUUUGACCGAAUAGGAAAAUAUGAAAGUCACACCCGUGUUCACACAGGUGAGAAGCCCUUUGAGUGUGAUAUUUGUCAUCAGCGUUAUUCAACAAAAUCUAACCUAACCGUUCACAGAAAGAAGCACAGUAAUGAAACAGAAUUUCAUAAAAAGGAACAUAAAUGCCCUUAUUGUAAUAAACUUCAUGCAAGUAAGAAGACUCUAGCUAAACAUGUUAAGAGAUUUCAUCCUGAGAAUGCACAAGAAUUUAUUUCCAUCAAGAAGACUAAGAGUGAAAGUUGGAAAUGUGAUAUUUGCAAGAAGUCGUUUACUCGAAGACCACACUUGGAGGAGCAUAUGAUUCUUCAUUCUCAAGACAAACCUUUUAAGUGCACCUAUUGUGAAGAGCAUUUCAAAUCACGAUUUGCACGGCUAAAACACCAAGAAAAGUUCCAUCUGGGUCCAUUUCCAUGUGAUAUCUGUGGUCGCCAGUUCAAUGACACUGGAAAUUUGAAACGACACAUAGAAUGUACUCAUGGUGGAAAGAGAAAAUGGACUUGUUUUAUAUGUGGAAAAUCAGUAAGAGAAAGAACUACCUUAAAAGAACAUCUGAGGAUUCAUAGUGGAGAAAAACCACAUCUGUGUAGUAUUUGUGGGCAGAGUUUUCGACAUGGAAGCUCAUACAGACUUCACUUGCGAGUCCAUCAUGAUGAUAAGAGAUAUGAAUGUGAUGAAUGUGGAAAAACAUUUAUUCGUCAUGACCAUCUUACAAAACACAAAAAAAUACAUUCAGGUGAAAAAGCUCAUCAGUGUGAAGAAUGUGGAAAAUGUUUUGGCCGCAGGGAUCACCUCACUGUUCAUUAUAAAAGUGUUCACCUUGGUGAGAAAGUGUGGCAAAAAUAUAAAGCAACAUUUCACCAAUGUGACGUUUGUAAGAAAAUUUUUAAAGGCAAAUCAAGUCUGGAAAUGCAUUUUAGGACACAUUCAGGUGAAAAGCCUUACAAAUGUCAAAUUUGCAAUCAGUCUUUCAGAAUUAAGAAAACUUUAACAAAACACAUGGUUAUUCAUUCUGAUGCUCGACCCUUCAACUGUCAGCAUUGUAAUGCCACAUUUAAACGGAAGGACAAACUAAAGUACCAUAUUGACCACGUGCAUGGAAUAAAAUCUCCAGAUGAACCACUAACUACUUCUGAGGAGAAACUUGUAUCCUUACCAAUAGAGUAUGCUCCUGAUGGGAAAGGUUACCAAACAGAAACUAAACAAUAUAUGGACCAGUCUAAAUAUCAAUCAGAAUCCAAAACUAUGUUACCAAAUGUACCUAAUGAAGUCUGUGUUCCAGUAACAUUGGUUCCAGUCCAGAUGCCAGAUACUCAGAAUGAUAUGGUACGCCAUACCACCGCACUUCCACCACCUUCCCAGGGCAUCCUUUCUACACAGACACAGCCGACAGAUUAUCCACGAGCAACAGAUUUGGCGUUUCUGGAAAAAUAUACUCUCACUCCUCAGCCAACAAAUAUAGUUCAUCCAGUUCGACCUGAACAGAUGCUUGAUCCUAGAGAUCAGUCUUACCUUGGAACAUUACUAGGUCUUGAUAACACUACAGCUGUACAAAAUGUUGCUAAUAAUGAGCGGCACUCGUGAUGAGACCUAAACAUUCCACAAAAUUUUAAUGGCUAUAUGCUAAUUGCAAGCAGUAGCUGAUAGCUAUUAAAUUAAUAGGGCUACUAUGGUUUGCAUUUUCUCUGACCUCCAAGAUUGUGUGUAUAGUUUAAGAGCAAAGAAAACAUUAUGUGGACAUAUUUUGAUGCAUAAUAUUUAAAUUGUAUAUCU